CUUGUGCAUAUUUCCUUUCAAUUUCAUUUGUCAAAAGGCUUAUUUUCAUCGAAUCCUCCGAAUUCAAUCUCCUUCAAUAACUCUCUGGUAUUAUACCCACAAAACACGAGCACCAAAACCCAGUUCUCAAAUGGCUACAAAGGAACCAGAGGUAAUAACCGAUAAACAUGAGAUGAGGAAAUGGUCGAGAGCCAUGAGAUCCCAAGGCAAAACCAUUGGCUUCGUACCCACAAUGGGUUAUCUCCACGAGGGUCACAUAACGCUAGUGAGAGAAGCUCACAACCACUCUGAUCUCAUAGUGGUCUCGAUAUAUGUAAACCCAGGUCAGUUUUCUCCCACCGAGGAUCUUUCCACAUACCCUUCUGAUUUUCGUGGUGAUAUCGAGAAGCUCAUGGCUAUUCCCGGUGGGGUUGAUGUCGUUUUUCACCCUCAUAAUCUAUACGACUAUGGACCAAAUCUGAGUGGUGAUAAUGGGUUUGAGAGUAAAGGGGGAAAACUGAAAGGAGCUGGAGUGGUUUCAUGCGUAGAAGAUAGUGGCUUUGGGCAUGAGACUUGGGUCAGAGUUGAAAAUUUGGAAAAGGGUAUGUGUGGGGAGAGUAGGCCUGUUUUCUUUCGAGGGGUUGCCACUGUAGUAACCAAGUUGUUUAAUAUAGUGGAGCCAGAUGUAGCUAUGUUUGGGAAGAAAGAUUAUCAACAAUGGCGAGUUAUUCAGCGGUUGGUUCGAGAUCUUGAUUUUUCCAUUAAAGUGAUAGGUUCUGAAAUAGUUCGUCAUAAUGAUGGCCUCGCAAUGAGUUCACGCAAUGUUCACCUCUCACCUGAACAAAGACAACAGGCAUUGUCAAUAAACAGGUCCUUGUUAAGAGCUAGAAUUGCUGCAGAAAAGGGUCACGUUAAUUGUCAAGAGUUGAGAGAUUUGGUCACCAAAGCAAUCCAAGAAGCUGGUGGAAAAGUUGAUUAUGCUGAGAUUGUCGACCAAGAAAGUCUAAGGGCUGUGGAAGAAAUCACAAGUCCUGUUGUGUUCUGCGUUGCUGCGUGGUUUGGGAAAGUCAGAUUGAUAGACAACAUGGAGAUCUGCUUACGAAAUGGUGAUCUAUAGGUACCUAUUUUUUUGUGCUUUAAUUAGGCCUUUGAGACCAGAAUUCGCAGCAACUUUCGACCUAUUUCUUCUUUUAAUAAAGCUCAUGUUUACGAUGUUGUACUUUAUAUUAUAAUAGGGCAUUGUUCCCAACUAAGCCAUGCACAAUUUGCAGGUUGUCUUAUAUAGGUGGGAACCAUCUUUAUAGAGAUUCUUUUCAUCGAGACCAUACACAGAUUUAGGAAAAUAAUGCAUUGGUUUUGACCUUU